GGCGGCGAACUGCCUGUGUGUUUUCUAUGACGUUAGCCUGGUGGCUCCGCUGUAAACAAACCCGCGAUGUGGCGCUUUAUUCCGAGCGCUCGCGUUUAACCUCCCGCUUAAAUGUACACAUGUUGCUGUUUUAACGCUUCUUGGCCGACACUAAUAAGCGUUUUUCGGUAGUAAUUCCGCGUCCGUUCAGUUCAUCCUGCAGCCGCCACCGCCGCCGUCGUCCGGGAUGUCCACGGCGCUUGUUGUCAGGUGAAAGUCUGUCUGUCUGAGGGAGAGACUCGCUUUUCCUAUCCGCCAUGGCCACACCUGCGGAGCCGGAGAUGAGCCUGGCCGAGGCGGAGGGCAGUAAGGAGAAGACGCAUGUGUUCGGCAUCCUGCGCCUGCAGGAGGAGAAGGGUGGCGGGGAGAAGGCCGGUGUGAAGCCCGGAGACGGGAGGUGGCAAGCGCCUAUAUUCGCUUUAGCUCGGAAAGCGUCAGAGACCAUCUCUGGAGGCAUCCAUGGUCUCCCCAAGGCCGCCGAGCCGAAAGCCUCCCCGUUUCCACCACACGAGUGGAGCGGUACGGCUUUCCGCGACCCUAUGGCAAUGGAAAGGGCCAACCUGCUCAACAUGGCCAAGCUCAGCAUUAAAGGUCUGAUUGAGUCGGCUCUCAGCUUCGGACGAACCCUGGACUCUGACUACCCCCCUCUGCAGCAGUUCUUUGUUGUCAUGGAGCACUGUCUGAAGCAUGGCCUCAAAGUGAAGAAGACGUUUCUUGGAUACAACAAGUCGUUGUGGGGGCCUCUGGAGAUGGUGGAGAAGCUGUGCCCAGAGGCAGGGGAGAUUGCAGCUAGCGUUCGUGACUUACCUGGCCUCAAGACUCCGCUGGGCAGAGCUCGGGCAUGGCUGAGACUGGCACUGAUGCAGAAAAGAUUAGCAGACUACCUUCGUGUUCUCAUCACCAGGAAAGACAUAUUGAGUGAUUUCUAUGAGAGCUCAGCAGUCAUGCUGGAAGAGGAAGGAGCCGUCAUCGUUGGUCUCCUGGUGGGACUCAACGUCAUUGAUGCCAACCUGUGCGUGAAGGGCGAGGACCUGGAUACACAAGUUGGGGUGAUUGACUUCUCCAUGUACUUGAAAAAUGACAUUGAUGACUACAGAACUGAAGAAAGAAAUGGACAAAUUGCAGCAAUAUUGGACCAGAAGAACUAUGUUGAGGAGCUAAACCGACAGCUCAAUUCCACUGUUCAGGGUCUGCAGGGACGUGUGGAUUCAUUAGAGAAAUCAAAUUCUAAACUCAUUGAAGAGCUGGCAAUAGCAAAAAACAACAUCAUCAAACUGCAGGAAGAAAACCACCAGCUAAGGACAGAGAACUCGGUGAUUCUCAUGAAGGCUCAGCAACGCCUUGAGGUUACAAAGGGGGAUGUGAACUGCGAGCUGGACACAUACAAGCAGUCCAGGCAGGGCCUGGACGAAAUGUACAACGAGGCAAGACGGCAGCUGAGGGAAGAGUGCCAGCUCCGGCAGGAUGUGGAGAAUGAGUUGGUGGUGCAAGUCAGCAUGAAACAGGAGAUGGAACUGGCCAUGAAGCUGUUGGAGAAGGACAUCCAUGAAAAGCAGGAUACUUUGAUUGGACUUCGGCAACAGCUGGAUGAGGUUAAGGCCAUAAAUGUGGAAAUGUACCAAAAAAUGCAGUCCUCUGAUGAUGGCAUGAAACAGAAAAACGAUAUGAUUGCACGACUGGAGGAGAAGACCAAUCAGAUAACGGCUACUAUGAGGCAGCUAGAGCAAAGAUUGCAGGACGCCGAGAGGGACCGUCUGAGUGCUGAGGACGGAAUGCGCCGAUUCAAGCAGGACUUCGCCAACAAAGCAGACAGCCUCCAAAAGCAGAUAGGCCAGAGAGAGAAGCAGAUGUUGCAGCUGGAAACCGACUUGAAAAUUGAGAGAGAGUGGAGGCAAACCUUACAGAACGACCUAGAGCGAGAACGAGACACCGUCGCCCAGCUGAAUGCCGAGGCUCAGCAAAUUAAUGCACUCAAGAAAGAGUUUCACAGAUUGCAGGAUGAAAACACGCAGCUGAAGGGUAUUUGUGAGGAACAGGAGCAGGCUCUGGAGGAGCUAGGCUGCAAGCUCAGCGAGUCAAAACUGAAAAUUGAGGACAUAAAAGAGGCCAAUAAAGCUCUUCAGGGUGGGCAGGUGUGGCUUAAAGACAAAGACGCCACACAUUGCAAGCUUUGUGAAAAGGAGUUCUCCAUCUCCAGGAGAAAGCAUCACUGCAGGAACUGUGGGGAGAUCUUCUGUAACGCUUGCUCGGAUAACGAGUUGCCACUCCCUGCUUCGCCGAAGCCUGUCCGGGUUUGCGACACGUGCCAUGCUCUGCUCCUUCAGCGCUGCUCGUCCAACACCACAUAAGACACAGGCACUCACAUGCACACGAUUACAUGCUGCCAAAGCGGCCAGUGUUGGCUUUAACUCUGACCACCUUUUUUUUUUUUUCCUGCAUCUUGUCAAGGUAAAUGAAAGUGACCAAAAUGGCUGCACCUGUUCCUCAGUGUUAGAAGUUUACAUUUCUAAUAGUGGUUUUUCUGAACUGCCUCAGAACAGCACACACAAGCAAGGUAGCUGUUCAAAAUAAUGUGAAGUGCCCAAAGAAGGAACUGGGUGUGGUGAACAUGCUGGGUCAUUGGCUUCUGUUGUUUUCUAAAGGCUCAAAAGUGACCAUAGAUGGCUUACUCAUAUUUUGAGCACUACAAGUGAGCAGCACUAAAGUGUAUUAAUAUUCCAAAUAGGUUAGGUGCUUAUUUCAGGACAGCAUUCCAGGCCUGUACUGUAAGAUUACCUCCAAGGGACGGAGGGCAAACAGUACUUUCUUCUUACUCUGACAGAAACGAAAUGGUGUAUUAUGAUCUUGUUUAAGUUUAUUUUUUAUUUUGUAUUCAAAUGAAUAGGGCCUUUUCACAUGACUAUGAAGCACUAAAGCUUUGGAUGCUGCUUAAAUAUUAUUAAGGUGGAUCCAUGAAGUAGCACAGUCACAUGUCCUGUAACUAUUGCGUCUCAAAGUAUUAUUUCACACUAUAGUGCAUAGACAUGUAUGCAAAGGCAUGUUUUUUUAAAGUGGAGAACUGGAACGCUACUGACCGUAAAUAUUUAUGAUCUUUAUAUUGAAGUUUAAACUGUUCUUUAACACAACGGUUAACAAAUUGACAUUAGUUCAAAUGUGAAACACUUGAACUGUUGAACUGUACACAUGCCUUUAACUACUAAAGUUGACAAAACAUCAGGUCAUACGCUCUUUUAUUCACUUCCCACCUCCAAGUGGUCCUAGCCUGUAAUCUUCUGAGAACAGGUCAGUGAGCCACUUGAAAUUCAGCAGUUGACACUUGACAAACUAUAAUCAUCUUGCAGCAAGUGCAGGUUUGUAAAGCAGAUUUAUUCAUGAUUUUAAAAUAUUUGAAGCAGCAAAUAUUUACAGUGAAAUAUUUAUUUCCCCCCCCUUGUACGUCUUUGGACUUCUUGUUUACAUGGCUAGAGAUCUGGCUCAUGUAUCUGCAUCAAUAACAGAAUAUCCAUUUAAAUACAUCAUAUUUAACAUUUACACUGCUUUGUUAAAAUUAGAGGCAUUUGCUAAAUUAGGUCAAUGUGGACAUAAGCAACUUAGGCAAUUGUGUUCUGAGGAUUUCCAUGACUGUCCUGAUUUUUCAAGUAAGAGAAACAUUCCUUCAUUUUUUACAUUUUACAUAAACAUUUGUUUUAAUGUAGCUGUGCCUUGUACAGUCCUUCAAAGAAAUGCAACACAAAUUAAAUGAAAAUGCAAAUAUUCCCCAUCUGUGAAAACAUGUAAUAUCAUGUAAUCAGAACAAAUGUUUUGCAAUGAUCUGUACACACUUAAAAAGUUUAUUUUCCAAGGAACAUUUUUUUUAACUUAUAAGAAAUGAUUCAAUUGACAAUCAUUACUUGAACAUCAAGUCUGCAAUUAAAGUGACUAUUCAAGAAAAACAGUUAACAGCCAGAACAAUUCAUAUGCUGGGGAAAAAGGCUCGCUUAUCUUAUUCAAUAAAGAUGGCAGCCCAUCACAGUGACCCUUGAGAUUGCAGAUCUACAAAGAUGACAACAGA